ACUUUCUCUAAACAAAUAAUUAGGAUUGUUUUUUUUUGUCAACAAAUAUUAAUUUUGUUAUAAAAGCAAAAAAAAAAUGACAAUCUGGCAAUCAAAUUAACGCGUCUCCUUGUCCCCUAACCCCACCUGUAUAUAUACUUCUCCGUCUCUUCCUCUUCUCCUUAGCAGAUGCUUUUGGGAAAAAAAAUAUAUACCAAAAUAAAAGAUCUGCAUCUGUCUUCUUCUUCUUCUUCAUUUCCUCUAAAUUUAAUUACCCAUUUUUUCCGAUAAAUUUUUGUUGAGGAAGAAUUUUUGUUGUAAAGAGAGUUUAAUUAAAUUAUGCCUUCAAUAGAAGAUGAGCUGUUUCCGUCAACGCCGGGUAAAUUCAAAAUUGACCGGUCAAACCGUCAGCUCCACCGUUGUUUCGCUUCUACGAGCACCAUGUUUCUUUGGGCUCUCUUCCUCAUCGCUCUCACCGCUUCUUACUUGAGUUUCCAAAGCUUCGUCGAUUCCGGUAGCCGUUAUCUAACCGCUUCUUGGGGCGGCAUCCAGUGGGAGAAACAGGUUCGUACCUCCGCUCAGAUCCAUCGCUCCGGCGGUAUCUCCGUCCUUGUUACCGGCGCUACCGGAUUCGUCGGUAGCCACGUGUCACUUGCCUUGAGGAAACGCGGCGAUGGUGUUGUUGGACUUGAUAAUUUCAACAAUUACUACGAUCCGUCGUUGAAACGUGCUCGUAGAUCUCUGUUGUCGUCGAGAGGGAUCUUCGUCGUUGAAGGAGAUCUAAACGACGCGAAGCUGUUAGCAAAGCUUUUCGAUGUGGUUGCUUUCACUCACGUGAUGCAUCUCGCUGCUCAAGCUGGUGUUAGAUACGCUUUGGAGAAUCCUCAAUCGUAUGUUCAUAGCAACAUCGCCGGACUUGUGAAUCUUCUCGAGAUUUGCAAAGCGGCGAAUCCUCAGCCGGCGAUAGUUUGGGCUUCAUCGAGCUCCGUUUAUGGACUCAACGAGAAAGUUCCAUUCUCUGAAUCUGACCGGACGGAUCAACCGGCGAGUCUCUACGCCGCAACGAAAAAAGCCGGCGAAGAAAUCACCCACACUUAUAACCAUAUUUACGGUCUUGCCAUUACCGGUUUAAGAUUCUUCACGGUUUACGGACCAUGGGGUAGACCGGAUAUGGCUUACUUCUCCUUCACCAGAAACAUCCUACAAGGUAAACCGAUCACAAUCUACCGGGGCAAAAACCGGGUCGAUUUAGCCCGGGAUUUCACAUACAUCGACGAUAUAGUGAAAGGAUGUUUAGGAUCUCUGGAUUCAUCGGGUAAAAGUACCGGGUCGGGUGGUAAAAAACGUGGAGCAGCACCGUACCGGAUAUUUAACCUGGGAAACACAUCUCCGGUUACAGUACCGAUUCUGGUGGAUAUAUUGGAGAAGCAUUUAAAGGUGAAAGCGAAGAGGAACUUCGUGGAGAUGCCAGGAAACGGCGACGUACCGUUCACACAUGCCAAUAUUAGCUCAGCCCGAAAUGAAUUCGGGUAUAAACCGACAACCGAUUUGGAAACCGGGUUGAAGAAGUUCGUUAGAUGGUAUCUUUCUUAUUACGGAUACAAUACUAAAGCCAAGCUUGUACAUUAACCGUGACUAUUAUUAUUAUUUUUAAUGAAAUUAUUUUUUUCUUUCUCCCAUACAUUUUAUAUGAUUCGUUUCUUUUAGGAUUAUUAUAAAAUCUAAAUGAUUCGUUUCUCUUAAGACAAGCAAAAACCGAAAAAAGGACAGCCUAUUAUACCGCGUUAAUUUAAAGUUAAUCGUGAUUGUGUUAAUCUUGAAAUGUAUUUGAACAUUUUUGUUUUCUUAAUACAGAAUUGAUUGAUGUAAGGCAGCAAAUAUUUUCCUACCAAAAUAAUUUGUUAGGGAUCUUUUAG